AUGCGUCGGAGCGAGACAUCGUUGAUGGGAGAACUGGAGAAGAAUUCUGGAAGUAUCUCUAUGCACGGACGUCUCUGCUAUGUGCCCCAGCAACCGUGGAUGCACAACAAUGCGCUUCGCCAGAGCAUCACAUUCGGAAAGCAAUUCUUCCACUCCCUUUCAGCUGACGACGAAGAUGACACCUCGGUGCCAGGAGGCAUCAUGAUUGAAGGAGAUUCGGGCUUUGAGUACGAUGAUGAUGUGAUGACGUCGCCGAUCAUUGACCACGUGCUCGGAACCAGUCACAUGUCCACCGUCUCGGGAAUCAUCAACCGCCGCCGCAGCAGCACGUCCACCCAGAAGCAUCGCCACCGUCUCUCCACCAAUAAAUCCACCGCCCCAUCGAUUGUGUCGGUUGACACGACGUCUCGCCAAGUCACAGGAACCGAGCGUAUCGAGACUGGACGCGUCAAGAUGGAUACCUACCAGAAGUACUUUGGAGCCAUAGGAAUGUCUAUCGCCGUCAUUUUUGUGUUUGGAAUGAUGGUAAGGAGCUUGUGGCUGACGGAUUGGUCAAACGAUAAUGCUGCCCGCGCUGAUUCUCUCGGAUUCUCUCAAAGUGAGUUUUCCCGCCACGUGCGUCCUCAGAACGUCAUUCUUUCUUUUCAAUUAUCCUUCUCUCAAUCGGAAUGCUGUCCCUGCUCUACGGAGGAGCAUCGGCUUUGAGAAACCUGCACGCCCCGCUGAUGCGCAAUCUGUUCCGUGUUCCAAUGGUUUUUUUUCGACACGACACCACUCGGACAGAUUUUGAAGCGCAUCGGAAAGGAUAUCGAGACGUUUGACGUGCUUCUGCCGUUUAAUGUCCAGUUCUUUGCACAGUACCUCCUACAAGUGAUCAGUGCCCAUUCAUUAUUAUAAGGACAAUUUACAACCACAAUGGGUUGAGCGAGAUCAUUUGACAGGUUUUGUUGCGGUUGCAAAACGUCUAGUAUCGCUAAGACAAAGCACAUUUUCAUUAUCAUUUUCCAGGUAUAAAUUCGACGAUCUGAAUGUUUCCCGACAUGAUGCUACGCGAGUAGCCAAAGAAGCACCGCACAUCCUUAUGUACCAAAAGAGCAGACAUGGCAAGAUCAGCCGAACUGGAACCAGAAAGCCAACAGAAUCUCCGUACAACGUAAAUGCCUUAUGAAGUCCCGAUUUUAACAAAAAUACAAUUUCAGUUCUUCGACGCCAGCAAACGAUAUCUGGAACGCUGUCCAGAAGCGUGGAAAGUCAUUUAAGAGACACUGGAAAAUGAUGUUGCCAACAAUGUAGCCGACAUCAAGAGGUUCAAAGAGGAUAACGAAUUCGAAAAAAUGUUGACUGCCGAAAAUUGCAUUCCCGACGCAAUGACUCCGGCAAAUGUGGUCUCGUCGAGCAGCAUGGAGGACUCUAUGGAUGGAGGACUCUAUGGAUGCCUCUAUGGAUGGAUGGUUUAG